GUUUGAAAAAGAAGAACCCGAGUUUGUUUACAGUUUUCGAUGUAAUUUGCAGUUUUAAGCGAAAAAUGUCCUGGCUGCAGGACCUGGCCGGUAAGGCCGAGAACAUCCUGACCAAAAUCGACAAGAAUGCCGCCACCGUGCUGCAGAACCCGGUCCGGCCGGAAAAUGGUGAUGUGGAAGCUCUGGAACCGCUCGUGGAGGUCACAACAUCGCCGAGCCCCCGGAUGGAUUACGGUGGAACCGUCGCGACGCCAGUGGCCAAACUACCCACCGCGGAGUCCCGUCCGUCGUCAUCGAGGUCGCUUCGGUUGUCGGCGGGAAGUCGUGCGAUCGCGGAGAACUCUCCGUCGGAACGACGGACUUCCUCCCGCGCCAGCUCGGUUAGCUCGAAGCGGGAGGGGACCGUUAUAGAGGUGGGACCGGGCGAAGUUGAGGUGCAGGAGUUUCCGUCGGUUGAGAAAGAACUAGCGACGACUAAAAUCUUUUUAGCGGAGAUCAAGUCAGAACGAGACGAGUUGAAAGUCGAGCUGGACAGUGUCCAGUCCAUGCUUUCGAGCGCCGAGUGUGAGGCCAGUUUGAGGGAGCUGGAGAGCCGGUACCAAAGUCUGGUCGACGAGCGAAACGAGCUUUACAUUAAACUGAUGGCCACGGAAGAAUCCAACGCGAAAUAUAUCAAAUCGAUUUCCGAGCUGGAGUCGAUCGUUUCGAAGCACAUCCAGAACGAACAGGAGAUUGGCCAAAAGUUGGAGAUGGCACAAAUGGAAACCGCAAACGCUACGGCUGAGCUGCAGCAGUACCGGAUAAGGGCCCACGCAACUCUCCAGCUGAAGGAGAAGAUGAUCGAACAGCUAAAAGAUGCAACGUCCCAGGAUUGUUCCGAAGGCGAAAAGGGCAAUUCCGAGCGGUUGAUGCUGAUGGAGCUUGAGCAACUUAAGAACGAUCGCCACAGCAUGCAGGAGGAAAUUGCUGGCUUGAACGAAAAAUACGAGCAGGGCAAAAAGUUCUGGCAAACGAUGGAGCAAACGCUCAGGACAAGUGCGUUCGAUCUGGAAAGUCGCGUUGCUGAGCUCCAGCAAAAGUUGAGUCUCGAAUCGACCAAAGCUCUGCAGCUGCAGGACAAUCUAAACAUCAAACAAAAGGAGCUGCAAUCCGCCCGGGAGGAAGUCACCAAACAGAGGACAUCACUAUCCGUUCAGAUGCACGAAAAGGAAUCAGAAAUCACCAAGCUGAAGGCAAAAAUGCAAUCCCGCCCGUCCAACUCGUCCGCGGACCUGGAGCUGCGACUAAACUCGCUCACGCAAUCGCUGGUGCAGAAACAAACCACGCUGGAAUCCACCACGGCCGAACGAAACGCGCUCCGGCUACAGUUGGAGAAAUUAGAUACCCAAUACCGGAGCACGGUGACGCAAAUUCGCCAGCAGAGGGUGCCCUACCUAAGCUUAAACGAAACGGACGAUGCUAAAUCGCAGGUGCCAAACUUUAUGGUGGAAAAUCCGUUCGACAGUCGGGUGUCGAGGCGCGUCAAGCGUGCCUACUCCUCGCUGGACUCGAUCGGGGUGCGGCUGGGCGUCUUUAUGCGCCGCUAUCCGCUGGUGCGGAUUCUGGUUAUUGUGUACGUGGCCGUGCUGCAUCUGUGGGUCAUGUUUGUGCUGCUGUCGUCGACGCCUGCGGCGCAAUAAAAUGUUAAUCAAUUUAUUUGUGUAAAGAGUAUAUCGAAAUUUUAUAUUUUGUUUCUUAAAACUAGUAAAUAAAUAUUAUUCCAAGAAAGCAGAACAAAAACCCCUGCGGAUAUUUUCCGGGGUCAAAAAACCGUCGACCUCUGGCUUGUUACGGCGGUAGACCUGCAGAUCUUAACUUCAGGGAGUCCUUGGAUGACCCAGAACAUCUCAGCACAUCUGGAAAGUAGUCUAUCAUACUCACUGAAGCUAUGCGGAUAUGUUCCGGGGUCAAAAACCGUUGACCUCUGGCUUGUUACGGUGGUAGACCGGCAGAUCUUAACUCCAGGGAGUUCUUGGAUGGCCAAGGACAUCUCAACACAUCUGGGAAGUAGUCUACAAUACGAAUUGAAGCUAUGCGGAUAUGUUCCGGGGUCAAAAACCGCCGACCUCUGGCUUUGCUACGGUGGUAGACCCACAGGUCAUAACUCCAGGGAGUUCUUGAAUGACCCAGAUCAUCCCAAUAAGUUGUUGCAACAAUGUACUGUAGCCUACAACACUCACUGGAGUAGUCUGGGUAGGAUCCGUUGUCAAAAUUAUGAAGUUUCGACUAGUUUCUUUGGUAAACCAUUUGCACAAAAUUCCCAGAAGUUUCGGAUGGACUAGAACAUCCCAUGUGUUCAAAAAUCAUGCUAAAAUGUUUAAAUAACAUUACUAAAGAAAAUACAAUAGUUACAUUUUGAAAAUACUCCGACAAAUUACGAAAUCCCAAAGAUUCUUGAUUUAAGUCAGAUUCUCAAUUUAAGUCAUGUUCAUUUUCAUUUCAAGUCAUGACUUAAAAAAAGUUGUGUAAAUCGAGAAUCGUUUAAAAAAAGGUGACUUAAAAAAAGAAUAUGGUGUAUUUGAAAUAUACGUGAAUUUCUUUGAUAAGA